AUGGGCCGCCGGGGGGGCGCGGGGGCGCGCCGGGGGGAGCGCGCACGGGAGGGAGCCGCAAACUUGUUCCGGAAAAAGGAAUCAAAAUGGCGUUUCUGUGGAUGUGCAAAGUUCAUCAACUCCGCGCUAACUUCCCCUCCUCCGCGCCUCCCUGGAGGGGAGAGAUGGGCACGGUUAGGGACCCCGCCGCGCCGCGCUCCGCGGGCGCCCCCGCCCCCUGCCCGCCCCCGCGCUCCCCCGCGCACCCUGAUAAGGAGACACAUCACGUGUCGCUCCGGCUCCUCUCCCGGGGACGCGCUACCGCGGCGGCAGCAGCCUGUUGCAAAUAGCAUCUCUAACUCGCCCUCGUCGCGGGGAGGGAGGGGCGCCUCCAAGGAGAGGAGUGAGCACAACUUUCCCCCCCACCCUUCCUCCGUCCCUCCCUUCUCCGCCCGGCAGCGCAGCAGCGGGAUGCCCGGGGCGGGCGCGGGGGGAGCGCGGGGGGGCGGCCAGGUGCCACGCGGCGCCCCGCGCCUCCCGCUGCUCCGGCGGCCGCGCCCGCGGGGCUCUCCCGGGCCGGCCUGGCCGGCCGCGCUCCCGGCCCGCCGUGCGUGUCCCCCGGCCGCCGGCCGCUCUCCCGGAUCGGGGCUGGAGCGCAUCCGGAGCCGCCGGUGGCGGUGCCGCGCCGCCGGCUUUAAGGAAUUCGCCGGGGCGCUCCGCUGCCGUGGAAAUGUCUGUGCAUCCUCCUCUGCCUGCCGGCCCGGUGCCUCACCAGGGGUCAGUCAUCCCUCGAGACCUAAAGGACGCGUUAAAUUUAGCAGGACCGUGAACGUCCGCACAGGAGCAGGAGGUGCAAAUGCCGUGUCUAAUCAAAGGCGAGAUGCGGCUGCUUGCACGUACAGGAUAUUGGGACAUGAAUACCCACAGUGAUCGUAAGCACACUAAGAGGCAAGAAGACUUUUCUCUAGCUUCUGUGUAACCCUCACACACCUCUCUCAUCCUUCACAGGGAUUAAAUACAAUGAACAAUAGUAGAAAUAAAAACAAUAGUUUUGUG